AUGGCGACUCUCAGCAUGUCGGCUUUCCCUCUCAGAAGGCUCGGAGUGCGUGUCGCGUCCUCGGAGUUAUUCACCUGCCGUCAAUGCCUACGACAUCGCUCCCAUGCGACGAGACUUUUCAGUAGCCGGACGACACCACGUACUCCGUCUCAGAAGUCGCCUCGACUCAAUGCCUACCUCAGUGCCUUGAAAGUAAAUCUCAAGCCCUUGACGAACCUCCGCGCGGCUACGUUGUCCACGGCGACUGCGGCACAGACCGCGGAACAAGGGGCUGCAGCUGCGAAAUCCCACUUUCCAGACGUCAGCAGCAAAGCUGUCGCAUACUGGCUUUUGGGAAGUGCAGCAAGUGUUUUCGGAAUCGUGAUAUUUGGGGGCUUGACCAGAUUGACUGAGUCGGGUCUGAGCAUCACAGAAUGGAAACCCGUGACUGGCUCGCUGCCGCCGAUGAACGAUGAGGAUUGGGAAUCAGAAUUUGCGAAAUACCGUUCGUCUCCGGAAUACAAGAUUCUCAACCCCAACAUGAACCUCUCCGAAUUCAAGUCAAUCUACUAUAUGGAAUGGAUACACCGACUCUGGGGUAGAUUUGUAGGCCUGUCCUUCGUCGUCCCUGCUAUCUACUUCGUCGCCAGAAGAAAGGUCUCCAAGCCAAUGGCUUUGCGUUUAGCCGGUAUCUCGGGGCUCAUUGGGUUCCAAGGAUUCAUUGGCUGGUGGAUGGUCAAGUCCGGCUUGAAAGAUGACCUCUUUGCUCCCGGAAGUCACCCAAGAGUCAGCCAGUACCGUCUAACUGCCCACUUAGCAGCUGCAUUUACCUGUUACGUGGCCAUGCUGUGGAAUGGCCUUGCAAUACUACGAUCUCACCGACUACUCGCGGACCCUGCCACAGGUACGAAAACUCUCAAUGCUCUGCGCAACCCCAAACUCGCCUUAUUCCGCCGUUCUGUUGCUGGUCUAGCUCUUCUGGUUUUCACUACGGCUAUGUCCGGAGCCCUUGUUGCGGGCCUCGACGCUGGUCUGAUUUACAACGAAUUUCCAUAUAUGGGCAACGGCUUAGCACCCCCCAAAUCUGAAUUGUUUGACGAUAAAUACUCGCGCCAGUCAGACCAGUCCGAUCUCUGGUGGCGAAACAUGCUCGAGAACCCAUCACUCGUCCAGCUUGACCACCGCAUCCUAGCCACAACUACCUUUACCGCUGUAAUGGCGCUAUGGGCAUACUCCAAGUCCCCGGCCAUGAAAAAGCUACUCCCACGUAACGUUUCCAAGGGUGUCCAUGGCGUUGUCGCCUUCACUUUGAUGCAGGUGACCCUCGGCAUUUCAACAUUGCUUUACCUAGUCCCUACCCACCUCGCCUCGACCCAUCAGGCAGGUAGUCUGUUCCUGUUGACCUGGGUGCUUGUUCUCGGUAAUAGGAUUUGGCAUCCUUCCAGGACAGCCAAGUUACUCCAGAUGGCUGCAAAAGCUCGAAGCAAGCCGGUAUCCACCACAUUGGCUGCAGAUGUGUUGAAGAAAUAA